AUGUGAUAUGGAUAGGUUGAAUUCAUUUAUGAUUACUGACUAUGUUGUUAGACAAGGUUAUGAUCGAGUUUCAAUUAAAGACUUUUACUAUAUGCGACCUUGGAUGGAUAUGCCAGAUGGAGUAGUUUCUUGUAAUUCAGAUAGUGCAAUUAGGGAGAUGAAUGAUAUAAUUUCAUAUGCUGGCAAUGUGGAGUUGUAUGUAGACCAUGACAUCAAUAUACCUGAGAUUGUUGAGGGUCCACUAUUGCUCACAGGGGAUGUUUCCAAAGAUGAGGGUGACAAUAGUGGUAGUGAUGUUUCUGUGCAUGGGGAUGAGGGUAAUUUAGGAAGUGAAAAAAGUAGUGAUGAUGUGUCAGUUAUUGACUGGGAGACAAGUUCAGAUGAUAGUGCAUGGUCAUUAGGGAGUGACAAAACUGAUGAUGAGCAAGUCAGUAUUGCUAACUUGGCUCAGGAGGUUAGGAAGAGAAGGAGAAAUGCCACAAGAAGUAGUAGAAAGAAGUCUAAGGCAGCUGUGCAAACUGCAACUAGGAAUGAGCAAGAAGAUGAUCAUAUUGAAGAACCUGUAGUAACUCAAGAGCAACCAUCUGUCCAACAACAACAGCAACCUAUAGUCACAGAUGAUCAAGCUACUGUCCAAGAAGCUAAUGUGACAGAUGCUGCUGGUGGUGGGAAUAAGGUGAGAAGAGGUGAUCCAAUUGAUAGCACACAACAACUGCCUGUCAGUGAUGACAGUGGUUCCUCUACAGAUGAAGAAGAUAGGGAGUCUGAUUAUGCAGACAGUGAUGAUCCUAGUGCUUGGAAAUUUCAUUGGAAUUCAGAUGAUGAGGAUGACAUAUUUGUGCAACCAGAUCAUGUUGUUAGCAGAAAUGUCUGUCAAACCUACUAUAACCCAAAAUGGAAGGUCCCAUAUUUUGAUAUUGGGAUGAGGUUCAAAGAUGCAAAGCAAUUCAGAACUGCAGUUUGUAAAUACUCCAUACAAAAGCAAGCUCAACUACGAAAGGUCAAAAAUGAAUGUACUAGGGUGAGGUUUAGAUGCCAAACAGGGUGCAAAUGGGAGUUGUUUGCAUCUUAUGACAGCAGAUAUGAGUGUUUUGUGGUGAAGACAUACUAUGGGGAGCAUAGAUGCUUCAAAUCUUAUGACAAUAAGCUUGUAACUUACAAGGUUGUAGCAGAUCUUUUUAAAGGAAGGAUUUAUGAAGCACCAUUUACAAAGCCAGCCGAGAUUGUUAAGUGGUGCAAGACUAACAUUAAAGUGAACAUCACACUUGACAAGGCAGAAAAGGCAAAGAAGCAUGUUAUGACACAACUGGAGGGUAGCUAUGUUGAUGAAUACAAAUACUUGAAGAGUUACACCAAAAUAUUGAGGGAUAGCCAUCUAGAGAAUACUGUUGUUGUCACUGCCAUUGAAACAAGUUCUAGUGAUACUAGAAUUUUCCAUAGAAUGUAUGUCUGUCUGCAUUCCCUAAAGCAAGGUUGGAAGGAUGGGUGCAGAAGGUUCUUUGGUGUUGAUGGUUGUUUCUUGAAGGGAAUAUUAGUGGAGUCUGAAUGUCUUGAGUCAUGGCAGUGGUUCUUUGAACUACUGAAAACUGAUUUAGAUCUUAGCACUGGUGCAGGCGUAACAGUUAUGUCAGAUGAACAUCAGGCUAUAUUAUCAACUGUAGAGUUAAUAUUACCCGAGGCUGAGCAUAGGCACUGUGCAAGGCAUAUUUAUUGCAAUUGGGCAAAGUUGGGUCAAAGAGGUGAUGAGAUAAAGAUUUGCUUCUGGAAUUGUGCAAAGGCAACAUUUCAAGAUGAUUUCAUUGAGAAGUUAGGUGAUUUGUUUGCAAAGAAUAUGCAAGGGCAUGAUGACUUGUUAGGAUACCCUAGAAAGCAUUGGUGCAAAGCAUUUAUCCAGGAAAAUUGUAAAUGUGAUUCAAUUGACAACAACAUUUCUGAAACUUUCAACUCUUGGAUACUAGGGGCAAGGUGUAAGGCAAUAAUUGCAAUGAAUGAUCAUAUUAGGGAUCAGUUGAUGCUGAGGAUAGCUGAUAAAAGGCUGUUUGCAGAAAAAUGGCCUGAAGGUGAUGACAUUGCUCCUAGAAUCAGAAAAAAGCUUGAGGAACUGAAGGCAGAGUCACAAGGAUGUGGUGUGCAACCAAAUGGGGUUAAUGAGUUUGAGGUCAAUGAUGGUGGGGAUCAACAUGUUGUCAAAUUUGAUGACAAAACUUGCACAUGUAGAUAUUGGCAACUCUCAGGGGUUCCUUACCCUCAUGCUCUGGCUUGCAUAAGGUACAAAAGGUGGAGAGUAGAGCACUACAUUUCAGAUUUCUAUAAGAAAGAAAAAUAUUUGGCUGCCUAUGCAUACCCUCUUCAGUGCAUAAGGAAAGGGACAAAAGCAUGGAAAGCUGUGGCUGAAGAAGAGUUGUUACCACCACCUGUUAGGAGCAUGCUAGGGAGGCCGAGGAGAAAGAGAAGAAGACAUAAAGGUGAACCACAAAAGAUGAAGAAAGGGAAGCUUAGGAAGCUCACUGGAAAAGGGAGAAAAAUGACAUGCAAGGGUGUAAACAAGAUAAAGAAACAGGGAGGUGAAGGUGCCUCAACCUCAGGUAGCAAGAAAAAGAAGGCGAGGGUCCCUACAACCACAUGGAGCUUUAUUGGUGUUGAUGAUGCUGUUGCCAGUAGUAUGCCUGCAAGACCUACCACAACAGAAGGCAAUGAGAAGGCCUAAAUAUUGCUUUUUAAAUGGAUAUGUUUUGUUAGUUACUUUUUGUCUUUUUUGAAUAGUGGUCAUUUAGGGCUUUGGUUUAUUCAAAUUGGGACUAAAUAGGUUAAAUUAAU